GGAAGGGGAGGGAUUUAUCGUCGUGGAAACUGUAGUCCUAAUCUGUUCUUAGAGGCUUAGUGGGACUUCAGGUUGUGUGUCAGACAUUCACACACACACACACACACGGACUCUAUCUAUUUAUCUAUUUAUUUAUUUAUUUGUUUAAUUAGUUUGUUAAUUUUCCUGUUUGUUUAUUUGUUUAUUUAUAUUUUUUUCUUUUUCUUUUUUUAAAAUCCUGACUCUGACUGACAGCUCUCCUCGUUCAGUUUGUGUCAUCAUGUCUAUCUGCAGGUUAACCAGGAGGCCAUUUUAAAACCUGAGGGACACACACAUACAAAUACACACACACACUCUGCACUUGUUUUUUAAAAAUUGAAAUCAGAAAAACGUGACAUCAUGAAGGACCGUCUGGCUCAGCUGAAGGAGAAGAGUGAUGGAGGAGAUGACAUCGAGGUUCCUAUGGAGAACCAGGCGUUCAUGGAUGACUUCUUUGCUCAGAUUGAAGAUAUCAGGACCAGCAUCGAUAAGGUGGACGAGAGUGUCACAGAAAUCAAGAAGCUUUACUCCACCAUCCUGUCAGCCCCCACCUCUGAUCAAAAGACUCAGGACGAUGUUGAAGCUCUGACUAAUGAGAUCAAGAAGUCUGCAAACAAUGCACGAAACAAACUCAAGAGUAUUGAGCGUCAGCUGGAGUCAAACACAGAUGACAGAUCCUCAGCUGAUCUCAGGAUACGUAAAUCACAGCAUGCAAUUCUGGCCAAGAAGUUUGUGGAGGUGAUGACGAGGUACAACGAAACUCAGGUCGACUUCAGAGACAAGAGCAAAGGACGCAUCGCCCGCCAGCUUGAGAUCACGGGGAAAGCUACGACUGAUGAGGAGCUGGACGAGAUGCUCGAGGGAGGAAACGCUGCUGUGUUCUCUGCAGGGAUCAUGGACUCUAAGAUCAACCAGCAGGCUAUGAAUGAGAUCGAAGCUCGACACAAAGACAUCAUGAGGCUGGAGAGCAGCAUCAAAGAGCUGCACGACAUGUUUGUGGACAUUGCCAUGCUGGUCGAGAACCAGGGAGGAAUGAUUGACAGAAUUGAGAGUAACAUGGACCAAUCAGUGGGCUUCGUGGAGCGUGCAGUGGCAGACACUAAGAAGGCAGCAAAGUUCCAGCAGGAGGCGCGCAGGAAACAAAUGAUGAUCUUCUGCUGCUGUGUGAUUCUGUCCCUCAUCGUUGGAUCAUUCCUCUACAGCUUCAUCAAAUAAACAAACAGUACACCUGGAGACACCUGGAGACACCUGGAGACACCUGGAGAUACAUAGAAACAC